AUGCCAUUCAGCUGGAUUGAGUCCUUGCAGGCUGAUCGCCAACAAGUGAAAAAGGAGAAGGAAUUUGAUCCGUACGACGUCAAGCUGAACCCGAAGGCCCAGAGCCUGGGACGGGACGGAUCGGUACAGACGAAGGAUAUCGCCAAUAAUACCUUUGGGGACCACACCUAUCUUCAUGUGGGUGAUGUUGUCAGUCUGGGUCAAAGCAUGCGUGCCGACCUCCGCGUCACGGACCCCCGGCUCGACAUGACCCGCAUCCAAGAGACCAACGGCGGGCUGAUCAAGGAGGCCUCCGCCUGGAUCCUCGAGACCGAGGAGUUCCUGUCGUGGAGUCACCACGAAGGACCUAGCACGCUGUGGAUCAGCGGCGACGCCGGAAAGGGCAAGACAAUGCAGGUGAUCAACAUCAUCGAGCACCUGCUGCAGAACGGUGGCAUGGCGUCGGACGUCGGCGACUUCUUCCCGUCGCAGAGCGUUUUCUACUUCUUCUGCGACGGCACCGACCCCCAACUGGCCACCGGCACGGCGGUGCUUCGCGGCCUGGUCUUCCUCAUGCUAGCUCAGGGUAUCCAUCUGAGCGAGGUGUUUCAGCAGAAGUACUCGCACGCGGGGAAGGCGUUGUUCGAGGACCGGAACGCCUUCUACGCGCUGGCGGACAUGCUCCGCGAGAUUCUGGCCCGGCCAAACUACGAGAGGAUGGUCCUGGUGGUGGACGGGCUGGACCAGUGCUCGACGGGUAGACGGCAGCUCUUGGACCUCAUCGCGCGCACGCAGUCCGAUCGCGUGAAAUGGGUGAUCUCGAGCCGACAUAAGCCCGAUAUCGACGAUCGGCUGAGCUCGGCCCCGGGGCUGUUCCGCUACGAUCUCGAGACGAACGCAGCGCAGAUCACCACCGCCGUGCAAAAGUACAUUGAACGGAGGGUGGCGCGACUCGUACAGAGCCAGGCGUACGAUAGAACGGCCCAUCUCACGGUCCAUGAGCAUCUCCAGGGCCGCGCGGAUGGAACGUUCCUCUGGGCGGCGGCCGUGUGCAAUGCCCUGGAGGAUGCACCUCGGCGCAGAAUGGCGACGGUACUGAACCGAUUUCCGCCGGCGCUGGAAUCCAUCUACGCUCGCAUGUGGAACGAGGUGAAGACCUUGCCGGAGCCGGAAGACGCCGAAAUCUGUACGCGUAUGCUCACCUCCCUGGUCGCGGCCCGUCGCCCGCUGCGCUUGACCGAGCUCGCCAGCUCCGCUGCAGUUCCGACCGAAUAUGCUCGCGAUCCGCAGGUCCUUCGGGAGUUGGCCCAACUCUGUGGUUCAUUCCUCACGUUGCAAGGCGAUGUGGUUAGCUUUGUUCAUCAUACCGCCAAGGAGUAUCUUUCUCGCAAAGUGAUGGGCAGCGGGGAAAACAGAGGCCAUGCAGCAAUGUCUUCGAACGCUCUUCCGUAUGUAUCUGAUUCCGGUCGUCGGAAGGUAUAUGCUUGA